GCAGCCAGUAUUUUAACGCGAAAUUUUGUAAACCCGACUAGAAUAAGUUUUUGAUAUACCACGUGCAAACCCCGUGGAACUUCCUUUUCUGAUCGGAUCACAAACCAAAUCAACAUGCCUUUAGCAAAAGAUUUACUUCAUCCCAGUGCAGAGGAGGAGAAGAGAAAAUGCAAGUUGAAGAGACUGGUCCAAAGUCCAAACAGCUACUUCAUGGACGUCAAAUGUCCAGGCUGUUACAAAAUAACCACAGUUUUCAGUCAUGCACAGACAGUGGUUUUGUGUGUUGGUUGCAGUACAGUACUGUGUCAGCCUACAGGCGGUAAAGCCAGGCUCACAGAAGGCUGUUCCUUCAGACGAAAGCAACACUAGACUGAAAGAAGAAAAAAAAGAAACGUGUAGAGGAUUGAUUGCAAUGGUUAUAUUGUGAUAGACUGUGCUACAGUAUCAUUGUGUUAGACUGGUCACUUUGUCAUUCUGAUAGACUGUGUCAUAGACUGUGCUAAACUUUCAUUUUGACAGACUGGUUCAGUCAAUAUUUCUCUUUUCUUUAUGCCAUUAUUUAAAAUACCAUUAAAAUCAGUCAUCUACAUGAAAA